AUGAUUGAAACAAAAGCUAUUGAAUCCAAAAUAUUUUUACAAAAAAUUGAUAAAUUGACGAAAGAUGUAAAAAUUUUGAUGGACAGUCAUCAAUAGUCCCCGCUCAAGUUUUUGAACAGUCCAUACAGGGCUCAGAUAUGACUGCAUGUGCCCUUUGUUCUAGUUAUGAACAUGCAGAAAUAGAGUGUCCUAGAUUUGAAGGGUUGAUGGCAAUGAAUGAUAGAGUUAGGCCCUGUCAACCUAUUGCUAGAAACUCAUGGCCAGAAAGGACACCUUAACCUCCUGCAUACACAGCACAUUAUAACAAUUACAACAACCAAAAUUAUAAAAGAGGAAAUGGCAACACCUAUCAACCAUUAUUUCACCCUCAAACAGCUCGAAAUUUCUAGUAGCAAGCUCCCUUCCAACUAAUUCCAUGCCCACAGAAUUUUCAGUCAACUCAAAGAACCCAUCCCACUCAAAAUGAAGUCACCUUGGCUACUAAUGAAUUGUUGAAGCAGAUGUUGUAGGAGCAAAGAGAGCAAAUGCAAGAGCUGAGGACAGAAAUGGAAAGAAUGAAGAUGAUGAUGGGAGGGCAGUCACAACAAAGCUACACCACACUUGAUAAACAAAAAGGUAAAAUAGUUGAAGCAGGGUCAAGUGACCGUGAAGCAGGUCAAUUUCCUACUCAACUUGCUAUAAAUCCUCAAACUUUACAUUUUUCUGUAAAUAAACAUUAUGUUCAUGAAGUAAACAGUAAAGAAGUUGAGUUAGAAACGCUGCAUACUAUUUCAAGACUUAGGAAUGGAAAGAAUUUGCCUGAUCCAUAUGAACUGAGUGAAGAAAUAGAAGUGGAAAUCAAAUUGAAAGAAAAAUCCAGCAUAGAUAAAACUCAAGAAAAAGUAGAAUAG